AUUUUAAAUAUUUGUUUUGGUAUUCUGCCUUUGCUGGCUGCUCGGGCGGUUCUCGAUAUCGAUUACACGGUAUUAAUACACGGUAUUAGUGGAUACUCACACUGUCUCGAUAGACUUUAUUUUAAAUAUGUAUUUUUAAAAUACUAA